CUCUCUUACUCUUUCCGAAGGUAAUCUAAGUUGAAAUACUGCUCUUUCGAUAAUAUUUUAUUCAUUUUUACACAAAUAACAGAUGACCAAGAGACACAAGACAUUUCUCGUCUCCCAAGUCUUUCAUUUGAAGAUGUGAUAACAUACUCAAAAGAGAGGUCCGGCUGUAGCAACACAUCCAAGGCGAUGAAGUUUAUGGCCGAACCGGACUCUCUACAUGAUCUUAAAGUUACUUAUAUUGGGGAUAGUUCAAUUAUUACAAGCAAGUGCUACCGCUCAAAAAGAAAAAGUGAGCCACCUCAUAACUUGGAAGUUACAAUUAAACUGACUGGGGAUAAUUCAAUUGCUGGACGAUGCUCCUGUGUUGCUGGUAUUGGUGGAUUUUGCCACCAUGUCAUAGGUUUGUUAUAUUACAUAUCCCAGCUUGUGCACAAAUCAAUCCCAGAUGAACUCCCAUGCACAAUGAUGAAGCAAAGAUGGAGUGUCCCACGUGGUAAGAAGAUUGAACCUUUGCAGAUACUAGAUGUAUUGGUUAAGAAACCUCAAAUGGGUGCAGCUUAUGGCAAGUUCAUAAAAAGUACACUCUACUCACCCGCAACUAUGUAUGGGUUUUUGACAAAGGGAACUUUCAAUGGUCUUGACCAACAGCCCCUAUUUGCAAUCAUUGUUCCACCUGAAAAUCAACUAGGCGAUGUUCCAUUUGUUCCAUGCAAGUUUGGUAAUGUGCCGAAAGGAUCUGUACUUUCUUACCAGCAAAAAAUAUCAACGGAGUACAUUAUAAAUGACUUUACUUGUACUACCACUUGAUAGUGCUGUGCAAGAAUUCGACAAUAACUAUUCGGGACUUCCACUUGAUGCUAGUAAGCAAGCUGCACUAAAGUCCUGUCCAUUUCAAUGGAGACUUCUUUAAAAGUGCAAGAACAGACAAUCACACAAAAUUCAUGUGGUAUAUAGCAUGCACUGCGAAAGAAGAGAAUAACCGCAAUGCAAAUUAGAUUGCUGUACAAGAGAUCUGCUGGGUAUGGAUAUUCCAAUUUUCUUCUAAUCCUUUUUUUUUUCGCGAAGAUUAGAAUGUUAGUUUUGCCGGUUAGGUAGAAUGCAGAAACAGCAAGGGGGGGAGCGGUGAGGAAAGCGAGGGAGUGGUAAUUGGGGGGGGGACUGCUUCUACAACAUCUGUGUAGCAGAGCUUUCUUCCUGUUUGUUUCUAUCAGCUCAAUUAUCCGUGUCGCACGUCUGUUCUUUUGCGUUCUCGCUCACGUGUUUACAAUAUUGAUUCGGUCUUCACGGUCGAGUAUUUUAAAAUAUGUAG